AUGGCUUCCAAAGUCCUUGCUCUCAUUACCGGCGCUAAUCAAGGCAUCGGCUUCGCAACCGCACGGCAGCUUGCCAAUUCGGGCAAAUUCCACGUGCUGGUUGGGGCGCGCUCGGCGUUGAAGGCUGAGGCUGCAGUUAAGGAGCUGGAAUCAGAUGCAGCAGACAAAUCGGCUCUCACAGCUAUUACAAUCGAUGUGACUGAUGAUGCAUCCAUCACUGCUGCCGCCCACACUGUGUCAGAGGCAUUCGGGCGGUUGGACAUCCUGAUCAACAAUGCAGGUAUUGCACAGGCACCAGACACAACCCUGCGUGAGCAGUACCGUCAAAUCUUCGAGGUCAACGUGUUCGGAAUGGCGGUUGUCAUGGACGUGUUCCUCCCACUUCUACGUGCGUCGACGUAUCCCGAUCGCCGCAUCGUCAAUGUCACCUCCGGGCAGGGCCUGAUCAGCAGAGCGGGCAAGAAAAAUCACCCAUCCAGCGCCAAGACCUUUUUCAUACCUGACUACCGCAGCAGCAAAGCAGCGGUAAAUAUGAUCACGGUCGCAUACUCGGUGAAUCUGGCCGAUGAAAAGAUUGCCGUCAUAGCGGCUGCCCCAGGCUACUGCCGCACGAACCUCAACAGUGGCCAGGGAGUCAAGGAGGCAAGUGAUGGCGCCAAGGUCGUUGUGCGCGCUGCCACAGAGGGCGACCCAGAAAAUCUGAGUGGCACAUACCUUGCUGACGAGAACUGGAGCCUUGGAUGGUGA